AUGGGUGAAUCCCCCGACCCGAGAGCUCCUCUGGAGCAACUGCCGUUUGAAUGGAAUCUGCACGAAACAAGAGAUGUCGGGGUGAUCAAACAACUGCCGCAGGAGUUCAACCUAGAUGUCAAGUCAUGUCGCGUCUGGAGAACUACGGAAGAUCAAUUCACCUUUUACAUGCAGAAUUUCUUUAAUUACGGUGUUUACGAUGUCGACGAAACCGGGCGAGCGAUUGGUACAACAUAUUUCUGGGAGUGGGAGCCAGAAGGGCGUUGGCCUCCUGACCCAAAGCGGCGCAGAGAAGGAACUAUGGGCUCAAAGCCCAAGAUAGGGAAACCGAAGUCGGGCAAUGGAGGCAACACACAGCCAGACAGUCAUCCAACCCUAGAAGAUUUGAUCGCUGACUAUGACAAACGCAGAGAGUGGUUUAAAGAACGGCUUGGGGAGAGUGAACUACAUCUUCAGGGCGCAAAGGACAAGGCGGGAGAAGGAUGCGCUGUACAUCUUCCACCAGCCAAUUUCGCAUCCAAGAUCGAGAAGUUUGGCAUGCGCACCGACGCGUUGAAUGACCAUUUACCGUCUAGGCCCUCGAAGGAGGUAUGGCAGCAAAAGAGAGAUCGGGAUUUGGCUCGUCACGUUUGGAAUGACUUCUUCGCACCCCUCAACGUUUGUGCUGGGACUUUGGAGAGCCGUCUUCCUUCCAGACCCGAGCGCUCCGAAUACAACAGCGAACAGAAAUGGAUGGUUGCUGAAGAGAAUUGGAUAAAUCUUUUUACUGACGAGCCACCCGAGAAAUACAGAGGAACAGUUCCGAAGCCCGAUCGCCCUCAAUGCCCAAAACCCGCCAUGAAGAAGCUGGCCAAACUUGGAAAGGAUUUAAAAGACGUGGAGAACGUGCCCAAGGAAGAUGCCAAAUGGGCACCGAUGGAUACGUACGCUGCCGAGCUUCUGGAGCAAAAGAUGUGUCGAGACCAAAUACUCAUGGUCCUCGCCAAACCUAGAAGGAAGGCAUACUCAAGCUUCCGAGGGUGGUGGUCCGACCGGCGCAAAUGGAAAAAGUACGUGGCAAGCCUUGAAAAAGGAGGGGGUGUUCCGCUCCCGGAACUGGAAAUAGACAACCUCAGCAACGGACAAUCUCCACAGGAUCAGACGACGAAUGACCAACCUAGAAGGGGUAAACUUCGCGGAAAGUCCUUUCCGCGCACGAAACUCGAUCCCAUUCCUGAAGCUGAUGAGCCGGAGCAAGGAGAGGGGCGUGCCAAUGGAGACAGUCCCGCAGAAGAUGAAGGAAGAGUGUCACAAAAUAAUGUCAUUCGAAAUAACCGUCAGCUCGGGACCAUUUUCGAGGGGGACGAGGCAGACGUUGAGCGCAAGCGGCCCUCCCAAGACAACGUUGGUGGACGCAGGCCAAGAGGCAGAAAUAGACAGGGUGCGGAUAACAUCAAGAGGUCCUUCAGGGCCUGA